UUCCUUUAAACAAGUUACCCCCCCGCCCCAAAAUUUAUCAAAAUUGAAAAACAGACCACCUUGAAGGCCUCCGUUCUGUCUAUAAAACUCUGCGUGGGCAGCUGCAGAGUUUUCAGGAUCCAGACACCAGACACUCCACCAUUGAUGGCCAGCCGUGGAGUGUCUCCAAAGCUCCUCCAAAGCCUCCGCGGUUUUCUCCGACCUUGCAGCUCGUCGCCGCCUUCCUUAGCCGCCCUACCGCCGCUGAACUUGGUCGAGAAACCACCGAUCCACACCGGCGCCGUCGGCCCUUCGGUUUCGGACUCUGUUCUGGACCUGGACGAUGCGGAGAGGCUGUUCGGGUCGUUUUCGACGGCGAAGCUGCUGCGAUCAUCGGCGAAUCUGCAGAUGGCGUCGAUUGAUCCGCUGGUAGACGUGGGGAUGUGGGUGAUGAAUUCGAGGCUGAUGGAGAUGCCGCUCAUCGGGGAUGUGGUGGUAGGGGCUCUGAGGCAUACGUUCUUUGAGCAUUUCUGUGCGGGGGUGAAUCAUAAGGAAAUGAGCGUGGCUGUUCGGAGGCUGUGGGAAACGGGUAUGAGAGGGAUGCUGGUUUAUGGUGUUGAAGAUGUAUAUGACAACGAGUCCUGCGAGCGCAAUUUUGAGCGCUUUCUGGAGACUAUAGAAUCCACCGAAUCGCUUCCUCCCUCCUCUGCAAGCUUUGUGAUUGUGAAGAUCACUGCAAUUUGCCCCAUGCCCCUGCUGGAGCGAGUAAGCGACCUACUAAGAUGGGAACACAAAGAUCCUUCCUUUCAUCUCCCAUGGAAGCUUAACACCUUACCAAUAUUCUCCCAAUCCAGCCCUUUGUACCAUACUUCCAGAAAACCAGACCCUUUAACCGCAGAGGAAGAGAAAAACCUCCAACUAGCUCACCAGAGACUGCUAAAGCUCUGCCAAAGAUGCCAGGAGCUCAAUGUCCCAUUAGCCAUUGAUGCAGAGUACACCUCUGUUCAACCCGCCAUUGACUACUUCACAUACUCCUCUGCAAUCGUGUACAACAAGGACGAUACGGUCGUCUUUGGAACGAUCCAAGCCUAUCUCAAGGAUGCGAAAGAGAGGAUGCUGCUGGCAGUGGAAGGUGCAGACAAAAUGGGGGUCUCCAUGGGGUUUAAGUUGGUCAGGGGAGCAUACAUGUCCAGUGAAUCGAAAGUAGCUUCAUCCCUUGGCUGUCAAUCUCCAAUCCACAAUUGCAUUCAGGACACGCACGAUUGUUACAACGAAUGCGCAUCGUUCAUGCUCGAGAAGAUCUCUAGUGGCCGCGGUGCAGUUGUUCUAGCAACCCAUAAUGUGGAAUCAGGGAAAGUGGCAGCGGCAAAAGCGCGGGAUAUGGGGAUUGGGAAGGAAAACCAUAAGUUGCAGUUUGCUCAGCUCUAUGGGAUGUCGGAGGCACUCUCCUAUGGCUUGAAAAAUGCAGGGUUUGCAGUGAGCAAGUAUAUGCCCUUUGGGCCUAUAGACAUGGUAAUGCCUUACCUUCUCAGGAGAGCAGAGGAGAACAGGGGAGUCCUGUCCACCUCGACAAUUGACAGAACCCUCAUGAGGAAGGAGCUGAAGAGGAGAGCAAAGGUGCUAUUCAGCGCAGGGGAUUGGCGAAGUGGGAAUAUUCAAGCAACUGCGAAGCUCGAUGACCAUUCGGCAUUCAAUUAGGGGAUAAUGACGAAAAAUUAAGCCUAAUUUGGAGAACAUUCCGGUAGGGUUUGCAUUAAUUUUGAGUCUUUUUUUUAUUAAAAAAGAAAAAUAAAAGCUUGUAGUGGCCUGGGGGAGUAGGUGGUGUAUAGGUCGCUAGGAUUGGAACGUCUGGUUUUACAAUUAGCUUUUCCUACCCGAAUGUGGGCUCCAACUUGUGAAUGUAUGCCGUUGGUAGUUUGAGCGAAUGAAAUGAAUAAGUGUGAAUGGCCA